AUGACCAAGUCCUUGAUAAUAAGGAAGCCAUUCAGCAGCACAUUUGCUCUUUUUACAAGCAUCUAUUCAGUACUGAAGGAUCAAGGGGUGGUGCAGACAUUUUGCAAUUUAUUCCAUCAUCUAUAUCCUCUGAGCAGAAUGAAGCCCUUAUUGCCCCAAGUGGUUGUUAAGAAUGGCAGAAUAACAAAAAUCUGGAGUGACCCCUGGAUUCCAGAUGCUGUGGCUGGUUUCCCUCAGAAAACAGAAAGAGGAGUAAGGGAGGUUUACUGGGUGAGUGAGCUUAUUGAUGAUGAUGGAAGGCAUUGGAACAGGGAGAAG